AUGCUGGAGAAUCACGGACAGCCCCAUCCUGUGGAUAUACCUGUGACAGAUCUUGAUGAGACGGAUGAUGUCAUAUUUAAUCAACAAUUACAUGAAGAAUCCAGUACCUCCCGAGAUGACUAUAGUGCUGAAUCUAUUGAUAAUUUAGAUUAUGAAUUUGUUGAUAGUUUCAAUAGGAAAGAUUCAUUGAUGUCACGUCUCGCUUCAUAUCUCAAGCCUAAAACUAAUUACUUGAGAAAUUAUGAGAUGCUAAGUGUUGAAGACACAGAAAUCGAUGGAGUCAGUGAUAGACCUUCAAUUCAUGAUGACAGACAAGGGAGGUCUUUGAGAGAUUACAAAAUCGAUCUUUUGUAUAAAAGGAUCAAGAGAACGAUUGUAAUGGGUAUUAUGACCAUUUUGAUUUUAAUGAUCAUUGCUUUUUGUUUCUCCAGAAAAAAUAAGGGUUCUUUUAUGAACUCAAAAUCAAACAACAAGAGAAUCUUGUCGAACUCAACCCAUGAAUUUUAUCCUACUACUUUAGUGAUAUCAUUAGAUGGGUUUCAUCCGCAUUAUAUUAACCCUCACUUGACUCCGACUUUACAUGAAAUGAUGCUCAACGAUUAUGGUGCUCCUUACAUGAUUCCCUCAUUUCCAUCUUCUACUUUUCCUAAUCACUGGACAUUGGUAACUGGGUUAUACCCAUCUGAACAUGGUAUUGUUGGAAAUACAUUUUUUGACCCAAAGUUAGACAAGCAGUUUGUUAAUACCAACCCAAAGCAAGGUGGCUUGGAUCCAGAUUUUUGGCAAGGUGGUGAGCCUAUAUGGUCUACAGCAUUUAAACAAGGAGUAAAUUCCGCAAUUCACAUGUGGCCAGGAAGUGAGGUAAAUGGGGUAGGAAUUGGAGGUGGUCCACUAGAAGUAGAUAGAUAUAAUGGCUCAGAAGUUUUAUCUUCAAAAGUUAACCGAGUUAUGAAUUGGCUAGAUAAGGAUGAAAUAGAAACGAGACCCGAGUUAAUUUUAACUUAUGUACCGACAAUUGAUCAAUUUGGCCAUAAAUUUGGAAUUAAUGGUUCAGACCUUAAGAGUGCAUUAAGCUAUGUCGAUGACUUCGUAGAUUUGAUGCAAAUGGAGUUGAAGAAAAGAAAUUUAAAAGACAUUGUGAAUUUGAUCAUAGUGAGUGAUCAUGGCAUGGCACCGACCUCUAAUAAUAGACUACUUUAUUUAGAUGACGUGAUAGAUAUGAAAAUGAUAGAGCAUGUGGACGGAUGGCCACUUUUUGGUUUAAGACCAUCAUCAGAAUUUUCAACAGACGAUAUUCAAAAUGAAAUAAUGAAAAAUAUUGAAAAUGUUGAUCCUGCCUUGAGAGAUCAUUACAGUAUACUUAGAACUGAAGGUAUGCCUAAGGAAUGGCAGUUUGGGGGAAAAGAAUUUGAUCAUAAGUUCAAUUAUAGAUUAGCCCCAAUAUGGAUAAUCCCAGAUGUUGGUUAUGUUGUCACUACCAAGAAGCAAAUGGAAGACAAUAAUUUUGAUUAUAAGCCAAAAGGAGUACACGGGUAUAAUAACACUGAGUUAUUGAUGAGGGCAUUGUUCUUAGGUAGUGGACCAUACUUUCGUGAAAAGUUACCAGAGUCUCUGUACAACAAUAAAAUAAAGCCGUUCCCUAAUACAGAGGUUUACAAUUUAAUUUGUGAUACCUUAGACUUGGUACCUGCUCCUAAUAAUGGCACUUCCCCAAAAGACUCGAUUAGUACCUUGUUAUCCUCUUCGAAUUUGUUACCUUACGACUGGACGGAUAAUCUCCAGUAUCCAGACUUACCUUUUGAAGUUGAGCAUGUAGUUGAAGACGCUACAUAUGAUCUCUUAUGGAAAAAACAAUCUAGAGAAAAGCCUACCACAAUCUCAAUUAGUACUAAUAUGCAUCCAUACGAGUCAUUAGUUUCUGAAGAGUCCCUGUUAUCUUCAAUGGAUGUUGUAAUGGUUCCAAAGCCAACUGAUCUCUUUGAUUCAGAACCUACACAAUCUGGUGAAGGAACUUCUCAUAAUCUAUGGGAAGAAAUUGAUGAUAAACUUGAAGAUAUACUGGAUAAGAUUGGUGAAUCAUUACAAGAUACGAUAGAUAAAGUAGAUGAUUGGAUUGAUGAUGCUUUAGGUAAUGAUAAAAGUGAGUUGGACGUUAAAUAG